GUUUGUUCCGCAUAUCAAGGUUGUACCCUGGGUGAAGCUAUUUGGAUAUCCGGGCCUUGUCAUGAAAGACCACGGAUAAACGGGACGAUUGUAUACAUUCGUUCGUCUCAGCUCGUGUACAACACAAUUAUGGUGUAGCAACUUUUCUUCGAAUAACAUUACGGGUGCCUGCUGUUGUGAAUGAAUUACGGUUUGUGGAAUUUCCCUGCUUCUCGUAGGAAGUAAUCUAUUGGAAAUAAGUUGUUUGUGAAUGCUAAUGGACAGACAAUGGAACGGGGGGAUUCGAUUGUUUUGGAAUGUGCAGAAUGUCUCAUUGCUUUCGCUGUAUUUCAUGCAUUAAAAUUGUGGAACAGAUCUUGAGCACCAAAACGUAAACAAAUAGAAAAUAUGUCCUUUUUGCUCAGUGCGGACAACGAAAAAUCAGUUUUUCCAAGCGCUUGUGUUACUGCACAAACCAAUAAGAAAUGAGAAAAUGUGAACUUCUUCCAAGCAGAAAAGUGUUUUGCAUUUAGUGUUUAUCCUAUGUGCUGGUAUAAGGGAUGGAGAUAGAUCAUAAUGAAGGAAAAGUAUGAGUAAAAUGACUAACAAAAGAGUUCAAAGAAUGCAAUUUCAUACAACGAAAGUGUUGCAAUGGUUUUGCACUGAAGAAGUUAAAAACAAAAACAAAAGGAAAACGCUCUUUACAAAAGAAAAGAAAAACACUACUUUGGUGUAUUUUGUGUACUAAUUAUCGAUAAUAUGUGGCUUAUUCGUAAAAACAAGAACGGACAGCGUAAACAAAAAUGAUGACAGAUGGGGUGAUGUAGUGAGUGAAUGUGACCCCAGAUGCAGUUGUGAUGCAUCUCUGCUGUGAAAAGUUUUCACACCUCACGGGCGGCUCGGAAAAGUUACCACGCGUGUUGUGUGUGUGUGUGUACACGUAGAAAAAGUUCCUCUGUAUUGGUGCGCGCUUGUGUGUGUGCGUGUAUGUAAGAGGUCUUGAGAGGAAAAAAAGCAUAACCCAAAACACGAACAGAAAGAGGUGGUGGACUGGGGGGGGAAAAAGCGAAUUGAGCCGAGUGCCAAGUAGUGGUGGGUCCCUGAAUGAAAGCUAUGCUCUGGCCCAGAAACACGAACGCAUAGUGAAACACAAAACACUCACCAUAACAAUGUUGGCGAUGGUGGUAAUCGUUUCGUUGCUGCCGUUGUGUUGUGUCGUCUAGUAGUGUUUGCGGUGUUUCUUCACCAUUGAACAAUAUCGUUGUUCGAUUUAACUCCGCGUAUUGGCACAUCGCGCGAGGAUCAUUCAGGACAACUAAACUGGCUCUAGUGUGGUGCCGCAACGACCAAAUGGUAGUGCGAGUGUAAAUCUGCGAGGUCAACUCGACGUGUUUUUCACUUGGUUUGUUUGCAACCAAAACGGCAAAGUGGACGACAUUCACCGACAACAGCCAGCAGCGAACCGGGACAGAACCAGUUCUCUACGGUCGAUGAUAAGAAAUCAACCCGAUUCUGAGGUGCGUCUCGCAAUCGAACAUCUGCCAUCGGUUUAAAGAAGGUUCGGACUACAACGCAAACGGGCUCACGAUGAAGCUGGCACAAUAAAUCCUCGUUGUCCGGUACUUUGCUCCAGUUUGGAACGAGCACCGGAGGGCGAGCUUAGUGCGAGGGUGGGUGCGUAAGGACAAUCACUACCUUCGACUUCGUUGUCGUGUGUGGCUUUGUGGAUCGGUAGUAUUGGUAGCACUCGAUAAGGCUCAUACACCCGACAAACGACGCCCCGCCGCGUAUCACCAGCUCUCUUACCUGGCUCGGCCGUACCGCCAUGUCGGAAGGAUUUGGCAACGGCCAACAGGAAGGAGCAGCAGCAGCAGCGGCAGCGGCAGCAGCAGCAGCUGCGGCAGCAGGACAGCUAGUAGUGGACGAUAACCUUCUCGGGCACGGUAGUGGUGACGGUAACGAAUACCAGUGGGCGUACGGCACGAUCAUGGACUCGUCACGCGUCUCGACCUGUCUCAUCUCGAUGCUGCUGAUCGUGUAUGGCAGCUUUCGGAGUCUGAACAUGGAACAGGAACAGCGGGAAAAGGAAAAGAAACGGCAGAGCGAAAGCAUGAACAAUCUACUCACCGGUGAACCGGUUCAGCAGGAACAGAACAAAUUUGCAACACUGGACACAAUGCACGCACUGUGUCUUCCUCUCGGAGCAUCGAUCUCACUGCUCGUAAUGUUUUUCUUCUUCGAUUCGAUGCAAAUGUUGUUUGCCGUUUGUACAGCAAUUAUAGCCACCGUUGCACUAGCGUUCCUGCUGCUCCCGAUGUGCCAGUACAUUAUACGACCGUGCACGGACGGUAACCGGAUAUCGUUCGGCGUGUGUGGCCGGUUUACGGCGGCAGAACUAUUUAGCUUUUCGCUUGCCGUAUCGAUCGUUUGCAUCUGGGUGCUGACCGGCCACUGGUUGCUAAUGGAUGCUAUGGGUAUGGGCCUGUGUGUGGCCUUCAUUGCAUUUGUGCGACUUCCGAGCCUGAAGGUGUCCACGCUGCUGCUGACCGGGCUGCUCAUCUACGACGUGUUUUGGGUGUUCUUCUCCUCGUACAUCUUCAGCACGAACGUGAUGGUGAAGGUGGCCACACGGCCCGCAGACAACCCCGUCGGUAUUGUGGCGCGCAAGCUAAAUCUUGGCGGUAUCGUGAAGGAACCGCCAAAGCUAAACCUUCCGGGCAAGCUAGUGUUCCCAAGCAUCCACAACAGCGGACACUUCUCGAUGCUUGGGCUGGGUGACAUCGUGAUGCCGGGGCUGUUGCUGUGCUUCGUACUACGCUACGACGCAUACAAAAAGUCCCAGUCGACACAGACGGCCGAAACAGGCGUUCCACCACCGAAAGGAGUUGGCUCGAAGCUUACUUAUUUUCAUUGUUCCUUAUUAGGUUACUUCCUCGGAUUGUUAACCGCGACUGUCAGUUCUGAAGUAUUCAAAGCGGCACAACCUGCGUUGCUUUAUCUCGUACCGUUUACACUGCUACCUCUGCUUACGAUGGCAUAUCUGAAGGGUGAUUUGCGGCGCAUGUGGAGCGAACCGUUCAUCAUACAGCAAGCGUCGAAGCAGCUAGAGGUAUAAAACCACAAAUGCUCUCCGCGAAGGAUUAACACAAUACAGCAACAAAAUGCUCUGUACGCAACCUAGUAUUAAGUGCAACUAACUACACACACACACACAAGGGGGAGAGAUAUAGUGUAAUGGAAGGGAGAGGACUCUACUGCAAUUAUAUGCAUACCCGUAUUAGGAUUCGUGCUAGGUCGGGUCGGGCCGGCUGUGUAACUGUAUGAACAAAGAUUUUGGAACAAAGAUGAAUGACGGCCCCCGUUUUCUGGCAUGUUUCCCGCAAAUAAAAAAACACACACACACACACUCGCGGCUGCUCGGUUUCAUUCCGAGCGCGGCCGAUAGUCGGUGUAAGUUAGGAUUGUGGUUAGGAUUAAACGUAUUAAAAGAACACAACACAAAACCCGUGAAUGGAUGGAACAGCAACAGAACACAGCAGUAAUGGCGCGAUGAAUCAUUUAAUAAGGUAGUUUAACAAUAUUUGAAUGUGAUUAGGCGUUAGGGAAUUAGUAGAUCGCGUUUCUGUGUUUGAAUAUGUGUGAGAGUGUGUGUUUUCAGAAUGCGGCGAAGUAGUAGCAGAACACGCAAAAAACGCAUUCAAAUCAAAACAACAAAAACACGCAAGGAGGUCUGAGAUUGAGCACCGGCGCAUAUGUAUAUGCCCAUGUGUGCAGUAAUGUAGGGCUUAGGAUUACAUCUCAUUUACGCAUCGUCCUGUACAACAACCUGGUCGCCUAUCCCGUUGCAUUAUUAACCGUUACAUAUGGAUGGUGAGCCACAUUGCACAGCAGUGCAGUGCGCUCCUUUUUUGUGCGUUGGCUUGCCUUCAGUUCAACUUCAUGCGCAGUUGUGUUCUAUCAGCGCAGCGGACGUUUCCGAUACUGGGACAAUUUAUUCUUUCCCGUCUUACAAUGUUUAUUCCCAAUCACUUACAUUGUUUUCGCUUUAGUGUUCCGUAUGAGCUUGAUUUACUACUGUACGUUAGAAUGCUGUUUUUUAGCAUAAUGAUGCAUUCAUCUCUACUACUCAAUUUCUUCUCGUAUUUUUUUUUCUCGUUCUCAUUACUUAAAACGUAUUGGUACCUUUAUACUCUUUAUCAUCCAAAAAAAUGGCUUUCUUUUUGCUUAAGUGAGGAGAGGAAAAAUUUCUACAAUACACACGUACCUAUAGGCGUAAUUUUGCAGCUCCCAGCUUAGGCAGAAUGUUCGGUAUCGUAACACACACAAGCCGACAUGAAUGGUGGUUGUUUAAAAAAAAAACACGGAUCAAUCAAUCCGACACUCAGGCUCAUCCGGAUGUUGUUGACUGAUGCGAAAAGAGAGAAGAAAACAAAUCCCUCAUGUAAACGGAACUGCAUAUAGUAGAUAAAACACUAUUUUAACUAGUUCCGCGUGGUUGAUCCAUGUACAUGCAGCACCUUUUCGGUUGUUUCGUUUUUUUUUAUUUUUCCUUUCUAUCCAUUUCAAAUCUUUUUUCUAUCGUUCCUUUCAUUUACGAUCAUAAUCAUCAUCAUAAUUCCCUAUCCAAAGCCAGAAUAAUGUAACCGGUAAAAAUGCUUUUCUUUGUGUUCGAAAUCCAGUUCGCAAACGUGUGUGUGUAUGACAAAACCCGAACUUCGAUAUACAUAAUGUGAUAAUUCUUUCUUUAUUAUUUUUUUUUAUUGUUUAAUUUCAUAUCUCUGCCCGUCUCGAAUGUAUACUUUAUAUACGUUUUUUUUCUAUAAUCAAAAGUACUGUUAAUAAUAGUGAAAAGAAAUAUAACUUUUAAUUUUUCCAGAAAAGAA